AAGAAUAUUAAAAAUACCCAUUUAUCAAUGUUUUUGAUUUUAAUAGCUUGCGAGUACGGUCAUGUUGUACGUUUGCGUAACUCAAAGAAAUCCUAGCAAGCGUUGACCUACUCUACUAGCAUCGACUGUUUACAAAUUUCGAAGGAGAUUCUGUGCGUUAGCGAAAUCGCUCGCCUUGUUUUUCGAUUAUUCGGUUACUGAACGAUGUAAAUGUCCGUCGUGAGUGGGAAACGUCAAAUAAAUUUCGAUGUUUCAAAAACAGCCCAAAGUAACCUACAAACGGCAGAAAAGUUUGUGUAUUUGUGUAAACUUUGUUGAGCACACCCGCACGUUCGAGUUGUUUAGCUGGGAUACACUGUCCCGAGAUGGAAUUCAACGAAAGUGCACCCAAUAACCGUUCUAAAAAAGAGCGCAACUUUCCCACUUUGGAUUUAAAGGAUCAGUCCACUCUAAAUGCCAACACUCAACCAGUUUUGGUGGUUCAGUCGCCGAAAACCCCGACCUUGUCGCGCAAAUUUAAGGCUGUCAGCUUGGAUAGCGACCCUCAGCCCACCGCGAACACCUUGGAAGUAUCUAGGGAUGUAUUCUCAAUGCCAAAUACGCCGAAACGGCAAAUCAAACAGAAAUUAUCCUGCGAUUUCGACGACGGGGCACAAAAGAGCACUUUGGCCCCAAGCUUUAGUUCAAACCUAAAGAAAUUUGCGUCAAACAAUAGCAUAUCUGGUUCACAGACACUGAAAACUCUGCCGGAGAUCAUGACCCUGCAAGAUUUCUCAGAUUGCCCGGUCCAAGAACCAUUUAAGGUGCGGACUAAAGGACUGCUGGAGAGAAGAGGAUCAAACGCGAGCCUGACAAUUGAUCUCGGUUCAAAUUCGAGCAUCACAGAAGUGAAACCCGUACCGUUGAACCGUCUAAAUACCGCGAAAAGUGUGUCUAACCUCUAUCUGUCGUCGAUGGCAUCGACUGAAAAAUGUACCUGCAUAAAAAAGUGCGACGCCAAAACUUACGAGCGGCGAAAGUCGCAAGAGACUUGCGGCAACUGCACCAUAUACGAAUCGGUACCAAGUAAGGUUAAUAUGUGCAAAGUGAAAUGCCAAAAUUUGAAGAGGUGUAGCUGCUGCACGAAAUCCCGCAGGAAAUCGCUUUCCAACGAAAACCUAUACGUUCCGCCCUGCGGGUUUUGCGAAACGGGCGAGACCAAAGAGUGUAUGGAAAUGAGGCAUUGCAAGGGGCAUCGAAAAGCGUUUUUUCCCAGGCAGCCCGAUCUUGAAGCCGCGCAGCUGCUCUCAGAUGAUUUCAAGCUGCACUUGCAGAACAUACAGUAUUUGCAAACGGCCGGCAAUGUGUUGACGAUUGCAGAGCUGCAGCAAGCCUGCGAGGUCGCUCGGGUUCCCAAACUGCAUCAGGAGUUUUGGGAGGUGCCAUUGAAUCUGCAGGAGAAAUGUUAUGUUUCCGGGAGUCAGAGCAAAAAUCGUUAUAGAGGUGUGUUGCCUAAUGAGCAUAGUCGGGUUCACCUUUUGGGCGGUCAGAAUUACAUUCACGCCAACUAUAUCAAGGGCCCCGAUUAUACGGAAACUGCCUACAUCGCCACUCAAGGCCCGUUGUCGAAUACUUGCUACGACUUCUGGGACAUGGUGUGGCAUUCGCAGUGUAAAUGCGUCGUCAUGUUGACCGGUUUGGUGGAGAAGGGCCUCACCAAAUGCGAACUGUAUUUUCCGCUGGGCAAGAGUGCGACGGGCCCGGAAAAAUCAUUCCUUUACGUCAAAACGGCCAAGGUGCGCGACAAGUUCACGUUCGACUGGAAGAACGUCAACGAGGAAGAAGACGAGGUUUACGAGUUCGAAGAAGUGGACGAGGUGACGUUCGGUAAGUAUAGGGUGCGUCACAUCGGACGGCGCGACCUCGACGAGUGCCAGAUCCGUCGACUGGAACUGCGCAGGACCGACGUGAACGUCGAGCCGCGCAUCGUCCACCAUUACUGGCUGUCAAACUGGCCGGAUCACAAGAUGGCGAAACCCGAGCAGGUGCUCAAGAUCGCCGUGGACGUGUUGAAUUUUAUCGAAUGCGAAAAAGUGGACGGCGCAGCGAGGGCGGCGUCGACGAGCCGCGCGCAGAUCCCAACCUGCAAACACAAAACCGUACCGUCGCACGAACGCAAAAGAUCCAUGGAAAACGUUAAACUGCCCGCCAUUAUACACUGCAGCGCGGGUAUAGGCCGUACCGGGUGUUUUCUCGCCAUCUUGAACGGUAUACAGCAGCUGAGGGCCAGUUCCAACGUCGACGUGUUGGCGAUUUUGUGUUCGUUGAGGUUAAACCGCGGCGGCAUGGUGCAGACCGCCGAGCAAUACGAACUUAUACACAGGGUGUUGAGUUUGUACACGCAGCAGGGCGCGUAGGGCGUUCCGUGUACGCGGUCGGGGCGGAUUUGACCCCCGCCCGUGUGCGGGCGCGUCCGAAAGCGGUGGCGUACCAGAGAAUAAAAUUUUUCGUUGACGCAGAGUGAAUAAAUAGUCCGUGGGCGAUGAAAACGCGCUGAGGGUCUACAGGAUGUUCGGGAAUGGAGUUCGGAAACUUGGAUGGAAGAUUCGACGUGGUGAAGUAAUGGUAGUAAGUUAUGUAACAAAAAUUCGAAAUCGUAAUAUUUCCCGAGGGUGAGGCUCUGAUUUAGUAAAAGUCAUAGUAACAAAUUUUCCGCGUAUUUUAUUUAUUUAGACUGAUAUUGCACAAUAUAACAGAUUGCCUUAAGCAUAAUCACAAAUUCUCAAAACUUGCUAUUCUUGUUUUUAGUCGAUGAGUGUUAUCGUUUAACCACAAAUCGACUUUUUUAAUCUCGGCCCGAAUACCCCGCACUUUUAAUUUACAAAAAGGUCAUAUUGGAUAUCGCGAUAUUCAUUUGUAAUACGGAAAAGCAAGUGGAAAAUAUUUUAACAGUGUGAUAGAUAAUAAAUUCUAGGGCGUUAAACUUAAUGAUUGCACAAAAAUUAAACAGUAAAAAGGGGUUUAUUUGACAAAAUACAAAACAACCGCUUAUGCCACGCACACGCGGAGCAAGUGAAUGCCCGGCGGCUGACGGGCUUCAGCGAGCGUUGUGCGUGAACGGUGGCGCCCUCUCACAGAUCGUCGUUGGUCACUUGCCGAACUACGGCCCAGACUCGCGCUCCCCAUUAUGCAAACAGCCAGGAGAACGAGUGUUGACUGGCGAUGCUAACACAGUGUUUUACCCGACUCUUAUUUUAAUUAAUUUCAAUUUGUGGGGUUCAGGGUAGUAAAGGACAAAUAAUUAAUUCCGGCGGCGAGACACUUUCCCUCUUAAAAUGCUUGGCUGUUUUAAAUUUUUUGUCUAGGAAACGAAAAAAGAUAAUUUGUAUUUUUAAAAUUAAAAAAUAUAUAUAUUGUAAGAAUCAUAAAAAUUGGAUACAUGUAUACAAAUAUACAGCCUUAGCCGCUUCCCGCGCUUCAAUCUUCAGAUUUCUCUAUUGUGGCAAUCCUCUUCGUUCAUUACUCUCUUUCUCAUGGCAUCUUGAAUUCCUUCUGUCCAAGAUUUGCGUCCCUCUUUUCCUUCCAUUUGUCAGUGAAUAUAUAUUAGGAGCCUUCUUGGACACCCGUUUCUGUCCAUUUUAUUUAAGUGUACAUACAAUAUUAGUUGUCUGCGCUCUAUUCUCGCUAAAAUAUCGUCUUUUAUGACUGCUCUUUCUCUAAUUGUUUCAUUUCAGAUAUGUUCCAAUCGGGAUAUUCUGGAUGCUUGUGUCAAAAACUCCACUUCUACACCUUUGAGUCGUCUUUUCCUUCUAAAUGUUAUUCGCUUAUUUUCUGAUCCAUAAUGCUAAUUGUUUCAUUUCAAAAAUCGGAUUAUUCUGGAUGCUUGUGUCAAAAAUCUCCACCUUUGAGUCGUCCUUUCCUUCUAAAUGUUGUUGCUAAUUUUCUGAUCCAUAAUGGUAAUUGGCCCAAUAACAGCUUCGGAAAUGUUUAUUUUUUAGAUACAUACAUAAGAAAUACCUUGUACCGUCGAAUUAAUAAUAAAAUACCGUUAUUGGCUAUAAGCUAUAAGUUCGUUUAUUAUUUUUUGAAAAAAAGAAGUCCAUCGGAUUAAGGUCUGGUGAGCGAGGCGGCCAAGCUAGAGGUGUAAAAUGGGGCGGAGCUCCAACUUGCAUUAACCACAUGUUUUGUCUCUACUGCACGAGUGCCUCUUCCAGUAAAGGUGCUGGUUCCUCUCGGGGAAAGUGCAAAUACCAAAAUUUCCCCAUUAAGCGAUCCGUUAAAGAAAUGAAGUCCCACAAGAUUAUCUCCUAUAAUCCCUGCAAAUACAUUUAAACAAAAAAAACGGCGCUGAUGUUUUCUUUCAAUUUUUGAAUGUGGGUUUUCAAUGUUUCACUGAUGCACAUUUCGAAAAUUUAUAAUGCCAUCGCGACUGAAUGCAGGCUCGUCAGCCAACAAAAGCACAUUUAAGAAUUGCAGAUAAUUACGAUUUUUUUCUAAAAUUUGAUUGCAUAAAAUUGAACCAAUUGAAGCAAUUUUUUCCUGAGUAGCAAGUUUUUGAAGUAUUUUUUAUUCUCUUACAGCGGUUCUUUUAUACCUUUGUCUCCCUUCAUUCAUAUUAUCAGAUUUGAAUGAUUCUCUUUCACCAAGUCUUCUGUAUAUGUUGAUGAAUGUCUUAGCAGAUGGGACAUUUCUAUUGAGAGAAGCGGCCGCCAUUUGGUCUUCCGCGGCUAAAAUGCAUAUCACGUUAUUCAAUAAUUGAAUCUUCCUGAUGGGGCAUCACAGUAACAGUUCGAUAAUAAGCUCUUUUAAUAGAAACUAAUUUUAAAAUCAUAAAAUUCAAGCCGAAAAUAAAAAAUAGAUUUGUGACUAAACGACAUACGUUAUCGACUCAAAACGAGAGUAACAAUUUUUGAGGAUUUGUGAUUCUGCUUAAGGGAAUGUGUUCUAUUUUUCAAUAUCAGUCUAAAUAAAUAAAAUAUAGCUAUAACUCAAAAAACAUUACGAUUUCGAAUUUCUGUUACGUGACUUAUUAUUUUGCCACGUUGAAUCUUUCUUCCAAAUUUCCCAACUCAAUUUCCGUAUAUGUAGCCCUUUAGAAAAUGUCUCCUAAUAGCACGGUUUAAAAUACUUAGGAACAAUUUAUUAUUUCCGGAAACUUUCUUUAUAUAUAUGUAAUUGUUGAUUCCAGUUUAUUAAGAAAGUUUAGAUUGAUGGUUAAGUUAUAAUACGCAAAAAAUACUAUUUUUAUGUUCCAAGAGGUUUCAGAAAAUUUAUUGCUCCUGAAAGACCAGUGAAAUACUCAAAUCAAGGUGAACGUGACGAUUGCUCUGGCUGUACCGUGACGUUAUGUUGACGGUGAGUGUUGUUACCUUUUGUUUUGGUGUUGAUAGGGAUUCACCAAAGUUGUUUUUUUUUUUUUAAUAUUUGGAACACUGGUUGUAUUGGGAUGCGCCGGGCGUGUUCCGAAUUUUGUGCGUCCAACUUGUUAGUAGAAUAAGUUUUGCGUUGAUUGUUGUUAUGUCUCUGUGGAAAAAGGGACGCCGGUUAAGGGCGGGCAUUAUUUUAGAAAGUCUCCAAACCGAAACUAACCAUUCGAAAAUCAUCUGUUGUUUUAUGUGAUAAUUUAUAGAAUUAGGACAAUCUAGGUAAAUCAGUGUACAUAGAAAUUUUAUAUUUUUUAUAUUUUCGUUUGUUUUUUUUGGAUAUUUAUUAAUUGUGUGUGUGUGUUUGUUGCAGCAGUACACACACACAGGGUGUUUUCUCGCUUUCUCGCCGCAAUAUGGUACAUGACCAACAUUUGUAUUUUUUAAUUAAAGAUUUGUUUACAUUUAAAAAUUGCACAAUAUGUGAUAUAGUAAUAUUUUUAAAACGCAUUAUCAAGAUUGGUAAUACUUUUCAAAAAUAUCGAUUUAUAUGUUCAAAAAGAGUGAUUUUUUACCAUGACUCUUCUACAUUUUAAUACGAUUUAGAUAAAAAGAAAAAAGUGUAUUUAACCUCGGUGUGUUUUUGAUUAACUACCCGUAGACGUAGUUGUACGUGGAUAUAAUUUUGUAUUUCUUAGUACAAACGAUGAAAAGCAUGUUAUUUCAUGAUUGAAACUAAAUAUGUCAGAUUAGAGAUUAAUGUUCGAAAGAAAGUGUUAGAAUAUAAUAUCUAGGUCUAACGUUGUGCCAUAUUAAUUUUAAAACAAUAAAUAACGGAGAACAAUCUACGGCGUUUUUAUUAAAAUUUAUGCUUUGUUACUAGAUAGAUUCUUCAUUAGUGCUGCACAUAAGAAUAUGUUAAUAUUUUCGCACAUCAACAGAACGAGGCAGUUCACCAAAGAAAAUAUUUAAAUCUGUAAUAAUAAUAAUAAU